AUGUCACAGAGGACAUACAACGAACUGUGGGCAGAGGCUCAGGUGGAGUUGAGUCGUCUGUUAGUUGAGGAGCUCCCUGCCGAACCUCUAAAGCCAGAAAAGGACCGAGUGGUUUUCUUCCAGAGACUGGCCACAUUGUACGUGCGCUAUCUGCAGAUUCUUAGACAACUAGAGAAGGUGUACGACCAGGCAGUGCACCCACAGAAAAGACGUCUUGUUCUGACUACCCUUGAGGCUGUGAUGGGCCGACUCUUAGAAUUGAAAAAUGAAAUGGUGGACAAAGAGUUAUGCGAGUACCACUACAUGGAUGAUGUCUUACAUGACCUGAAGCUCACACCUGCUGACCUUGAGAUUCCCAUCCCUUACUAUUUUUUGAGUGAACGCAAUGAAGACAACUUGGCGCGAAGGGCCAUGCUAACAAAUAUCCUAGAAAAGAUGGAGGCGACUGUGACGGAAAAACGUGUGACAAAGCCCAUGAGUCAAGAUGAGGCCAUCAGAAUCAUUCAAGUGGCAGAGAGGGCACGGCAAGGACGCUUACGAGCAGCCUUAAAUGAAGCUAGCAAAAGAUUGAGCAAGAUACCCAUGGCCGCGGCACCGCAACCCGCUGAUAUGGCCCGAGCCGCAGUCCGCAUCCAGAAGGUUUGGAGGGGUUACGUAGAGAGGAAGAAGACAAAGGCUGCUCGUAUUGAAGAUAUGAUUUUUCUCGGAAUGGCCCCACAUCCAAAAUACCAGUCGCCCAUCCAAGCCAAGAUCGAUGCUCACGCCACUGAAGAAGCCAUACGGAAUAAGCAGAAAGAACAUGAGGAUGAAUAUCAAAAGUCUGUGAUAGCAAUUGCAAGCCACCUGCUAGAGGUCGAAGGUCACGACAUAGCUGUCAACAUGAAAGAACAAAUCCGCCAGUGGUUUCUUGAAUGCCGUAAUCUAACAGGAGUAUUUCCAGAGUUUCCGGAUGAUGAUGAAGGUGGCUCAGCUAUUCUUUUUGCUGAAAAGGAUUAUCAACAGCUGCUGAAAGAAAUGGCUGAGGCUGAAGAUGAUGGCAAAAAUAAAAAAGAAAAGCAACCUGAGAAAAAAGAUGCAAAGAAAGCAAAGGGGAAAGAGGAAGAAGAAGAGGGCUUGGAGAUGUUACCUUCAAAUUUUUUGGCAGACUUGGAAUUAUGCAACAAGACCUUUGUUGAUUUCUGGGAAACCCGCACUGAGUCUCGAAAUUUCGACCAAAGGCAUGAGGUAGAGCUGAUCAAGGAGGAGAAGAGGGUGGACGUUCUGUCAGAGAUUCGAGUUAAGGUGGAUGAGGACAUGAGACAGGAACUGGCAGACUGGAGGCUUGCUGUGGAAAAAACACCAGCCAAAAUUUAUAAAAAGAAAAAACCGAAGCGCGACAAGAAAAAGAAAAAAGGGGAAAAAGAUUUGACAGUUAAUAGGACUCUUGAAUCUCUAUGUCAGGAGAUGGUGGAGGAGGGUUUAUUGAAGCAAUCAAAUCCUGUACGAAUGCAAGACUACCUGGGUGACUUCAAUUACCUUGGAACCACAUUGAGAAUGAACGACAUCGAACCCAUGCCCUCAAUGUCCGAUGUGCGGCAACUUUUAUCUCUCUAUGCGAUUUUACCUUUAGGCUCUCAAAUAGUCCAUGAAAAAGCCCCCCUUACAAAGGCCAUUCUACUAGCAGGACCAGUGGGGGUUGGUAAAAGGAUGUUGGUCAAUGCCAUCUGCACGGAGACUGGUGCCACCCUUUUUGACCUGUCUCCUGUCAAUAUCGCUGGGAAGUAUCCAGGCAAGAGUGGCCUCUCUAUGAUGCUCCAUUUAGUCUUCAAGGUCGCAAGGUUGUUGCAACCUUCAGUGAUAUGGAUAGAUGGCGCAGAGAAAAUGUUUUACAAGAAAAUUCCCAAGGAAGAAAGAGCGUUAGAACCUAAACGCUUGAAGAAAGAUUUGCCCAAAUCGCUCAAGCUGAUUAAAGAAGAGGAUCGUGUUCUCGUAAUAGGAACAAGUAAAGAUCCCACAACUGCAGAUAUCAAGUCGCUCUGUAAAAUGUACACAAAAGUAAUCUUGAUCCCAAGACCCGACUAUGGCUCAAGAUACGUUUUGUGGAAGCAACUGAUCCAGAAACACGGAGGCGAGAUAACCUCGGCAUUGGACCUUAGCUCCUUGUCCAAGAUUUCAGAUGGCUACACCGCAGGGAACAUGAUUCAGGCAAUCCAGCAAGUUAUUACCAAGAGACGACUUCUGCUGCAAGAAAAGAGGCCUUUGACUGCUGUUGAGUUUGUGGCCCCAUUGGCCAAGUUCACCCCAGUGUUUCAGGAUCAAGAAGAGGCCUUAAAAAAAUGGUAUGCAAAAACUCCCUUGGGAAAGAAGCGGAUUAAGGCUGCUCAAGAAAGAGAAGAGGCACUACAGGCUCAGCAAGCGAACAAAGGGAAAGGGAAAGGGAAAGGGAAAGAUGCACCGAAGAAAGGAAAGAAAUAA